AUGGAGGAUGAACAGCUUAAAGUUUCUUCAGCCCCUGUUCCAUUUGUUCGUUGGAUGAGUAGUACUUUUGCAUUAGCUUUGGAACAACAAAAUUCUAAUUCUUCUGCUCCAUUACUUCGACCAAAGAGAGGUUUUCUACCAUCAGAUAAUACAGCGCAUUUAAUGGAAAAAGUUAGUAGUAGUGAAGAUGAGGCUGACAAAGAGGAACUUUUUCAAAGACUUAUUGUUAAUCUCAUAUAUCUAGUUUAUGCAAUCAUUGUUUUGGGUUUGACUUCUCAAUUAAAAAUUUAUCUUUUAGGGAGGCAUGAAAGUUGGAAACAACGAACAGAAAAAAGGGCAAAAGAACGGGAGGCUGAGGAAGCGGAGGAGGAUAGCGAAAAAUAUAUUGGUGUGACUAAAGGUGGACAACCGUUUAAACGAAGUGGACCAAUGCUUGGUUUUAGGGAUAUAAAGAUUAAAAUAACUCCUUCCCAAAGCGGGUUUUCUUCCACAACAAUUUCAUCAACUUCUACCCUCCCACCACCUCCACCACUGCCUUCUAUUCAAAAAUUGUUGCCUAACAUUACGGACAUUGGGUUAGAAUUUUUUAAAAUAUUUCUAAUAUACACUUACAGAUCAUCAUUUCCUUCAAGUUCUGAAUCAUACAUGGUUGGUUUCACUUCAAAAUCUUCAUCAAGCAUUUUUUCUGAUACUAUAACAGCACAAAGGUCUAAUUUACACAUUCCAACUCAAGAAUUUCAACAACAACAGAUAUUACAAAUUACUUCUCUAUUUAUGGAUAAACCGUCAACCACUUCUUCGGUCACUUCACUGGCAUCUAUGUUGGUACCUCCACCACCUAUUCCACCUUCAUUACCACCUGCGCCUAUACCACCAUUUUUGCUUGACAAAACGAAAAAGACUUUUGAACAAUUUUCAUCUUCCUCUCAUUCAGAAUCCUUGUCAGAUGUCUUUUGCACUCCACUACUUCCUCCCCCACCAGCACCGCCUCUUUUAAUGCCUAAAUAA